GCGGGGCGGGGAGCCGCGGGCGGACGGGGGGCACGCCGCACGGGUAGAGUUGACCGCGGCGCCCAGCUCGCAGUGCGGCCCGCGCUUCCCGGCGUCCGCGAGCGCUGUCGGUGCCCGCCGUCCGUGCCGGUCCCCGUAUGGCCGCAGCCGCCCUCCCCACCAGGCCCAGGUCCCGGCCUGGGCCCCGGCCGCUGCCUCUGCUUCUGCUGCCUCUGCUGCUGCUGCUGCGCGUGGGCCCGGUGCGCGCGGACAGUAAGGUGUUUGGCGACGUGGACCAGGUGCGCAUGACCUCGGAGGGCUCCGACUGCCGCUGCAAGUGCAUCAUGCGGCCGCUGAGCAAGGACGCGUGCAGCCGGGUGCGCAGCGGGCGGGCGCGCGUGGAGGACUUCUACACGGUGGAGACGGUGAGCUCCGGCACCGACUGCCGCUGCUCCUGCACGGCGCCGCCCUCCUCACUCAACCCCUGCGAGAACGAGUGGAAGAUGGAGAAACUCAAGAAACAGGCACCCGAGCUCCUCAAGCUGCAGUCCAUGGUGGAUCUCCUGGAGGGUACCUUGUACAGCAUGGACCUCAUGAAAGUGCACGCCUACGUCCACAAGGUGGCUUCCCAGAUGAACACGUUGGAAGAGAGCAUCAAGGCCAACCUGAGCCGGGAGAACGAGGUGGUGAGGGAGAGCAUGCGCCACUUCAGCGAGCAGCUGAAGCACUACGAGAACCACUCAGCCAUCAUGAUGAGCAUCAAGAAGGAGCUCUCCAGCCUGGGCCUCCAGCUGCUGCAGAAGGACGCGGCCACGGCGCCCGCCGCCGCCCCGGCCCCCGGCGCCGGCAGCAAGGCUCAGGACACAGCUGGAGGGAAAGGCAAAGACAACAACAAAUAUGGCAGUGUGCAGAAGAGCUUUGUUGACAAGGGCCUCUCGAAACCUCCUAAGGAGAAGCUGCUGAAGGUGGAGAGGCUGAAGAAGGAGGGCAAAGGCAGAUUCCCCCAGCCCACAGCCAAGCCCCGGGCCCUGGCCCAGCAGCAGGCCGUGAUCCGAGGCAUCACCUACUACAAGGCGGGCAGGAAGGACACAACCGAGGCCAUGGCUGACAACGCCCUCAAGGGCACUUCCUGGCUGGAGCAGCUGCCGCCCAGGGUGGAGGGCCGGCCACCCGAGCCCAACUCGGCAGAGCGUGAGGACGCUGCGCCCCCGGCCCCUGAGGGAGCGGACUUGGCCCCCGGCACCCCUGCUUCGGAUCCCACUCCCACCCCCACCCCCACCACCAGGCCCCUGCUCACUGAGCCACCUCCACGCCCAGAAGUCCCCAGUCAAGGCAGAGAGGCGAGCUGUGAGGGCACCCUCCGGGCCGUGGACCCCCCUGUGAGACACCACAGCUAUGGGCGCCAUGAGGGAGCCUGGAUGAAGGACCCUGCUGCCAGGGAUGACAGGAUCUAUGUCACCAAUUACUACUAUGGAAACAGCCUGGUGGAAUUCCGCAACCUGGAGAACUUCAAGCAAGGCCGCUGGAGUAACAUGUACAAGCUGCCCUACAAUUGGAUCGGCACGGGCCACGUGGUGUACCAGGGCGCCUUCUACUACAACCGCGCCUUCACCAAGAACAUCAUCAAGUAUGACCUGCGGCAGCGCUUCGUAGCCUCCUGGGCGCUGCUGCCGGACGUGGUAUACGAGGACACCACACCCUGGAAGUGGCGCGGCCACUCGGACAUCGACUUCGCCGUGGACGAGAGCGGCCUGUGGGUCAUUUACCCUGCCGUGGAUGAUCGUGACGAGGCUCAGUCCGAGGUGAUCGUGCUGAGCCGCCUGGACCCCGGCGACCUGUCCCUGCAGCGCGAGACCACGUGGAAGACGCGGCUGCGGCGGAACUCGUAUGGGAACUGCUUCCUGGUGUGCGGCAUCCUGUAUGCCGUGGACACGUACAACCAGCGGGAGGGCCACGUGGCCUAUGCCUUCGAUACGCACACGGGCACCGAUGCCCGCCUGCAGCUGCCCUUCCUCAACGAGCACGCCUACACCACCCAGAUCGACUACAACCCCAAGGAGCGGGUGCUCUAUGCCUGGGACAACGGCCACCAGCUCACCUACACCCUCCACUUCGUGGUCUGAGUGGGAACCUGGCCUCACAGGAGAGGAGUGGCUGUGGGCAUGGGGGCUCCCCACAGCGACUCCUGCAAGAGACUCCCUUAGCAAACAUUUACUGGGGGCCAGGCCCAGGGCUAGGUGCUAGGCAGGUGGCUUAGCAAGGAUCAGCCUUCCUUAGCACCCAGUGGAGUAAUAACUGCUUCCACCUGCAGAGUACUGUCAAGAGCUUCACGUGCACUAACACACUUAAUCUUGACACCCUUGGAGGUAGAGGCAGUUAAGCCCAUUCAACAGAUGAGCAGACUGAGGCCUCCAUCUGGAUCAGGCUAGCCCACUUUACAGAUGAGACCUGACCAUGCUCUCCCCUGCCUCCAACCCUCUUCCCUCUCCCCUGGUUUUUCUUGUCCUCUCAAGUCUGUCUCCCUUCCCAGGGGCUACUUGAAACCUUUGGGAUCAACACACUAGUGUUGGGUGGAGGCCGGCUCUGCAUGCCAUCCCAGGCCCCUGUUCUGACUGAGCUGCUGGUGGCCCAGGGGCUUUGGGCCCUUUGGCUAAUGCCCUUGUUCCUUGCCUUUGGCCAGUCCCCCAUCCCCACCCGCUGUCCGACCGCAUUCCAAACCUCCACAGUCACCCAGCCACUGAGCAGAAACCACACCCCGAGAAAAAAAUACCAGCCCCCAUUCCAAGACCCCCUCCCUCUGUACUCAUUUUUAUUUUCUCUUAUUCUUCAUCAGUGCCGUCAUUUGUUUCUGAGGCAGCAGCUGAGAAGGCUGCAGGCAGCUGCCUGCCAGCACAACUCUACCAGAGUGGGGAACUGGGCCAGGCCCUGGGGCUCCCUCUCUACCCAGAAGUGCUGGCUCCAGCCACAUACCCAGGCUGUGGGACCUCUCCCCGUUACCUCCUAGAGCCUUUGGGCCUGGGGUCCACCUUGUCCUUUCUCUUUGGGCCUUUGAACCCAUAACCUAUGUGCACUCAGGGAUACUCCAGGUCUGCCAUGAGCAAGACCCUAAGCCUGAGGCUGGGCAGUACCAGGAUGAAACAGGUUUCCUCUUCCUUGGCAGUCCUAACCUGGUCUUUAGAUGGGCUGGCCUGGGAGGCUGGGGGGAGGCUGAGAUCUGGGCAGCCAGCACAGAGGAGGUUUUGGACCUUCUGGUGGCAGGGAAGACCCAGGGGGUGGAAGCUGGGAGGGAAGGAGAAAGGGGUCUGUGGGUCAGGCUUUUCCUGGCUUAGGAGAUAUUGAGGCCAGGGUGCCCGGAGUCCAACUUGGGGCUGAAAAUGCACAGGUGGGCAUCCCUGAGCCUCAGUCCCGGGCAGCCCAGAGGAUCAGACCUUCAGGUCUGUCCCUGUCUGCUUUGAACAACAUUUUUAGAGCUGGAAGAAGUUCUCCAGCCUGACUUCUUGCAUCAACAAAGAAGAAAGGGCUCAGAGGGCCACUCUGGGAAUGGGACACAGCCAACCUCCCUCCAGAAUGGCUUUGUCCAUAUCCUUUAUUCUCCAGGCUUGGAGGCUGCUAGGCCAUAAACCACCCAGCACUCAAGCCAUCCCAGCACGUUUGAGGGGAGUUCACAGCUGAUCUCGACACAACCCCGGACCCUGCUCUUUCCUUUAGUCCCCGUGCCCGCUCCCAGGUGUCUGUCUGUGUGAACACCCAGCUGCCACGUUGGGAAAUUCAGCUGCAUACCCUGGAGUGUAAGGAAAUGCAUUUUGUGCAGAAUACACUUCUUUCAGACAUUGUCAGGUGACGUUAUUUUGUUUAAGCUAUAACUCACCCCCAAAAUAAAGGGGAAUGAUGACGCCCAGCCGAGCCAGGCCUGACUCAUAGUAGCGGACUCAUCCAGGCACCCCCACCCAGCGGAACUCCAAGGGCUGCGCGUACAGGCUCUUUGGGGGCUGCAAGUCCCAGCACUUCCCUUGGCCCUGGGUGUGGGUCUUAGAAGACUCAGUGCUUUGUGAUAUCACAGCCCAACCAUGUGAGAAGUGUUCAGGCUCCUCUUUUCCCAUUAGUCUUAGAAAAGGGAAAGUUAGAAUGGACUGAUUUUGAAAAAGGACAAGCAAAAUGGUUUUCUCGGGGACAGGAUGCUGGUGGCAGCCUCUAAAUAUUCACUUAUCCCCUUCUGCUUUCAGGUCCUUGUAUGUGGGUUACAUUGUAGGUACAGUUAUCUUCCUCGUUUUACAGGUAGUCAGACUGGUGCCCAGAGAAGUUAAGUGGAGGCAGUUAAGUGGAAAGCCAGGUUUCCAAGUCAGGUAAUAUAAUGUGAACAUCAACAGUAGGCUAAGAAAGUCAUGUGCACCUUCACAACAGUGGAAGGUAUAUACUCUGUGUGUGCCCAUUUUACAGACGGGAAAACUGAGGUGAAGGGACUCACCCAAGCAAGCAAUUUACUCUGUAGCAGAGUCAGGUUUUCACGGCUGGUUAGUAUGUGUUUCUUGUCAAUUGUGUAUCUCUCUCGCAGCAGCUCCAGAAUUAGUGCUUGUUUCUUUUAACCAGUGUAGCCAAGUCAUGAAUUGCAUCUGCAUAGGAGACCCAAGAAGGAGGUUGGGGUCCGCUCGUAAAGAGCCUUGAAUGCCAAACCAAGGAGCGACUCCCUCCAAUCACAUUUGGAAUGAAGUCGAAUAUAAAGGAGAGGAAAGGAAAUUCUAAGACAAUUGGAUUUUGUCCUAUCGGUGAUGGGAGGCAGGGAAGAGCUUUUGUUGUGGGAUUUACUAUGUUUGAUGGCAGGUACUUAAAGAAGGGGAGAGACAGCUUUUCCUGCCGACCUCAGCUGUGAAGGCAAAGAAAGCCAUCUCUGGCGUUUCUGAACAAUAUGAUACAGGAAGGGGCUUUGACUGCUACCUUUGAUUCCUCGUGAGAGAAUUCUAGGCCUUAAUAUUUAAUUUGCUCUGUCUGGGGAGAAAAGAAGGAGGCUUCUGCCUUGGGAGGCACCCUAAAGGUAAGGCUAGGAGGUGGGGUGGGGUUUCCUGGGAAUGACUUGAGGGCUUCUGAAAGCCGGUUUGUUCUAAAGCAUCUUUUCCUCCUUGACAACAUUGGAAACCACUCUGGUUACAGGAGGACACAGCCCAGGAUGGUUAUCAGGGAGCCCUGGGUAAGAGUUGGGAAGUCCUAGGUUCGAAUCCAUCUAUGCUUCUCACAGGCUUCACAUACGGGCAGGGUAGGGACUGUCAGAGGGGACAGAUGUCAACUCCUUUUUAUGGCUGAAGACUUGCAGUUCAGUGAGGACACAGGGCAGCUGAGGGCCCAAGCAGUACCCUCCUAGAGCUAGAAGGCAACUUUAUCUACAGUAUCACUAAUCCACCCGGGAGCCCCACGGUUGGCAUUACUUUUCCCCAUUACAGGGGAUGAACCUCAAGUUCAAAUAGGUUAAGCAACCUGCUCAGGGUCACGAAUCUAACAAGAAGUAGAGUCAAGAGUUGAACCAGGUCUGUUUUUACACCAAAGCCCAAAACUAACUGUUGUUAAGAAUUUUGUAACCAGUCAGUUUUCUUCUUUGCUUUGGCUACUGGGAAGCUUAAAGUUGAACUUGAGGUUAUUUUUAACAGCCAUUGUACUGAGUCUCCUACUGGACUCUGGCUUCAUUCUAGCUUUCUGCUUUUGCCUUUACCCUGAUCUCUUUAUUGUAUUUUAUCUAUUUUUGUAAAUUGCCACAGUAUCUUUUUUUGCACCAAGGUGGACGAAACCGAAAUAAAUACAUGAUCAAAAGUUUAA